AUGGUGCAAGCACGUGCGGCCACAUGGGCAAAAAAACUUGUAUGCAUCUCCCUUUCCAUAAGGCUGCAGUAUGUCGGCCACGCCUUAUUCGUUCCUUUCAGCAUUUGCGCUGGCAUGCACUUCCAAAUCAAGAACUCGCAGGCCAGCUGCAGGGCUUGGCAUGCUGCUGCUGCAAGAUACGCAUUCCUUGGCAAGCCAUCUUGCGAGACCGAAGGCUGCCCGCUGAGCUUAUUUAAAAGCUUGGCGGCGAAUGCUGGUUCGUUCAUCAUUGGCAACCAUCCUAAGAGAUCGGCACGACUUACUGUCCCUGCACCGAUCAAACCGACAACGUGCGCAUCUGCAUGGCUCACGGCAGACGACGCUUCUCCACCAAUAGCAAGCGAGGUUCGCGUCGUGCAAGCUUAA